GACCGACUGCGAACAUAAUCAGCACCCUCUCACCUACCUCCCUUUCCCUCACCGGGCAGCAGCAGAUUAAAUCAUUCAUUCGCGUCGCGUCGACGAAUUCAUCUCGCCGUGCGACACACAAUCGGCUACUGCUGCUGUUCCCGCUACUGUCCCUGCAGUAAUCGCGGCUCUGAAGCCUCAGAGUCUGAACAGUUUAACGUGCGGUGGUGGUGAUCGUAAACGCGGCUGACCAUCACGAGUAGAGCUCAUUAUUGGCACGAAGCGGUUCUAAUCAGAACAACAACGUCGUUCCCCGGAACAACGAAGGAAAAGAUAAGCUCGUUGCAGACAGCGUACCAGAGGACACGAGGACGACGACGACGACGACGACGACGACGGCGACAGCGAAAGGGGCAAGACACACGGUACCACGGAGGGACGCGGAACGCAAAUUAAACAUUGAACUUCUCGUUGAUCGAGAGCAGCAUGCCGAAGGAAAGAGCGAGCAUUAUGCUGUGGAGAGACUGAGAGUGUGUGAGAGAGAGAGCAAACACAGCCGACCGCACGCUGAACAUUAAUUUGAAUUCGAAUUCCGGGCGAUUCAGUUCACCGUCGGAGCGCCAUCUGGGAAAGUCGCACGCACGCAUCAAAUCACCAUCGAAGUAACCCGCAUCCCCCAGCAGCCUAGCCUACUGUGACGUAAUCCGGUGACAGAAGAGAAUAAUUAGCUUUCCAGGCCCAAAGGGUGCACAUAAUUGGAACGGAUCGAACCCCCCCUCCAAAACCCGGUGGUCAGUAGUGCUCUAGUUACAGGCCACAAUACAAGCGAUCGGGUCGGUUCGGCUGUAUGUGAGACCGCAAACAUACACACCCAUAAUGGCGCCAUCAUUGAUCUGCGCCUCUGCCACUAAAUCAGCGUCACCAUUGAAGCUCACCGAGCAUGGCGACCGGAUCGCGGUUCUCAGUAGACGGUGUGCGGCGUGAGGCCCGUCGUAGCCGCUAGUCCGUCCGCGUGAGAAUGAGCGAAGGUGAGCAGCGGAUAGGCGAGUCCCCCCGGUUCCGGUGCGCAAUGUGGUUGCGGAACAGACAGCACCAGCAGCGUGGCAGCAGCAGCAGCAGCAGCAGAAGAGGUAGCACAGUAUCGGCAAUGAAGCGCAAGAAUCGGAACAGCGCUAGUAACGAGCACGCCGCCGCACUAGUUCGACGACGACGAAACGACGACAAUGAUGGCCACGAGGAGGUGGCGGUAUUUGGGUUCAGCAAUACAAGCAUCAGCAGCAGCAUCAACAGUCACACGGUGCUACUACCACAGCUGACCGGAAGUGACGGUAGCGACGUCGCGAGUCUGUGAUUCGCGUGACUACACACUCCCCCACACCACACGUGAUCGUUGACGGUGAUCGACGAUAGAUUGCAAAAAAAAGGAGUGAUAAGAAAGGAAGAGGACAUUUGUGUGGUGAAAAGAGAAAAAAAGAGAGAGAAAUACGUCUGCGUUUGUGGUUUGUGACCCAUACACAUGCGCAGGAAGUGAACAUAGCAAAGCAAAAAGGAUCAAGUAGUGUGUAAUAUCAGCGCAAAAGAAGAAGAAGAAGAAGAAGAAGAAGAAAAAAAGUGUGUGCGCGUGGGUUUAAAAGGGAAGUGCGAAAGAAUGACACAGCCGAGCAACUAUGUCUGCAAGUAUGCCGGUGAAUACUGCAAGCUGGUGGUCGAGGGGGACAUCACGAAGGUACGAUCGAAGUUCAAGGAGUUCGUGCUGGACUACCAGACACCGGACGAUCUCAACACACCGCUCCACCUGUCCAUCAUCGCGCAGCAGAACCGGAACGAGAUCAUCCAGUUCCUGGUGGAGUCGGGCGCGGACUGCGAUUUGCGCAACUCGAUGAACCUGACCGCGUCCGAGCUAGCGAUCAACCUGAACUUCCUCGAUGUCACCAAGCUGAUGCUGGCGGUCGAGUUUCGGAACCUGAGCGAUUACCGGUGUUUCUACCGGUUGAUCCGCCGUGGUUCCGUGCCGUUGCUGCAGCUUUUUCUCGAGCUGAAAACCUUCGACAUCCACCAGCAGCUCAGCUACGUGUCGAGCGUGUGGCAGGAGCUGUACGUGAAGAAUGUGCCGCUAACGAAGAGCAUGGAGAACUAUCUCGAGUACCAGCUGCUCAACUACAGCUACACGUACCACCAUCCGCCACUGUCACCGAUGGCACCGACAGCAACGGUACCACCCGGUACACCGACCUCACCCUCCCGGGGGACACCGGGCGGAGGGUCUGGAUCGAAACCGGAACAGCAGCGAGAGCAGGAGCAACGGAUCGAACUGAUCGUCGAGUACACCCGCUACCUAACGGAUCACUACUCGACUGACAAUCUGAAUGAUUUCGACGACAAGUUCCUGCUCGCUAUCAAGAUCGUGUACGACAAUCUGUUCUUUCUGCGUGACCGGCCGGAGCUGCGGCAUGUGCCGAUACGCGAAACCUGCCGUCUGUUGGCCAUCUUUUUGGCCAUCUUCAAGAAAACACCGCACUACGAGCUGUACAAGCUCAUCCUGAACAAGCGCACGGUGCUGCGGUACCUGGAGGCGGUCAGUGAUGAGUUGGAUCGGUUGCGGUGUGAUUCGGCGGGCGAACGGGGUAGCAGUAGUGGCAGUGAUGGUGGUGGUGGUGGUCAUGCACCGCGUCCACCCGUCACCUGGACGGCCGAUCUGUUUGUGCAUCUGAUGACGUGCAUCCGGGAGGCGGCACCGGCCAAAUCGACCCGAGCCAUCGGGGCCCUCUGGCAUCGACCGAAGGUGGUGCUGCGGAAGAAGGUGAUCUACUACGUGAAAGGCCGGCUGAGGGCGAAUGCCGAUCUGCAGGGGAUUCAGGCGCGCAGUGUCAAUGGACUGUCACGGCCGGAACUGGAACUAGUGCGGCAGGAACUGAAGCGUCCCGAUUUCGUUAUGCUCGUGCAAUCGGUACGGCGGAAGAACCGGGUCGUUUACCACCGGAUACGCAAGGCGUACGAUCACGUGAUGCAACUGUACGGGAUCAAGAAGAUUCUCCGGUACCUGGAUGGGAUCGCACGGAUCCAGCUGCCACAGUAUCAGGUAUCGGGCGUGCUGGCCAUCAAGCGUACGCUGCAGGUGAUCGCGGACACGAUCGCUAGCACACGCUACUGCCCAUCGGUCGCACGGAAGCUGGACAGUGUCGUGCAUCGAAUACUGCCCCUGAAUCUGGAUGUGGACGUGCGGGAAUUCUACCAUCCGAACGCUUCGCUUUACAAACUGUGGCUAGAUCGGCAAGAACCGGGCCGGUUGCUACCGUUCGCCGAGGUGCAGUGCAGUUUGAAAUCGAUCCGACGCUACUUUGCGUACGUGCACGAUCUGAAGAUGCUCGAAGCGUACCGGUGCUACCUCGGUAAUGUGCAUCAGCUGAAGAAUGCACGUCAGGUGCGAAGCUACAAUCAGUACGUGGGGGACGCUAAUCGGAUGUACUUUGAGAAUCACACGCUGGAUGAUUUGUACUUUGAGCUAGAGGACUGUAUACGCGUGGUGGAGGAGUUGCAGGAAACGUUUGCCCAGCAGCAACAGGAUGGGAAGAUUGGUGAUCUGCUACGGUGCGCGCACAGCCCGCUAACACGGCGCUACGAGUCACUGACGAAGGAUGAGGGUCGCCGGGCGGCUUUCACGUCGAUCAGCGCCAACUUUAACACGACGAUGCUACUGUGUGGGACGGAGAUCGAGAUCGAGAAGGUGCGACGGAUUGUGCGAUCGUUCCUGCUCGAGGCGUACCCCAAGUAUGAUGUGGCGACCGAUGAUCAGCUGCUGGUGUUGGGUCCGAUCAUGCAGGAACUGUUGCACCUCUUUACCAACUAUCUCUACCAGUACCAGAUGGAUGAGCGGGUGACAAAGUGCUUCAUCACGCUGGCCGAUGUUCUGCACGUGAGCCGGUACAUCGCGAUCGAUCAUCUGGUGCCGGAGCGUGUCCUGCCCGUCGAUUCUCCGAUCCACCAGAACUACACGCACGAUGUGCUGAAAAAGUUCAAUCUGCAGAAUCUCAGCUCGAUCGAGUUCGCUGUGCUGCAUGAGCAGCUGGCCCAGAGCUACUACGACAGUUGCUUCCAUCUGGACAAGAAGUACGCCGUGCUGACGAUGUUCUUCAAGUCCACCAACCGGCCGGUGAACGAUGCGAUCGUGAAGCGCAACAAGCGGAUGGACCGGGAAGAGUUCCAGUCGUUGCUCGAUGCGAAGCUAAAGUUCAUUGGACAGUUCCUGCCCUGCAGUGAUUUCAACGAGGUGACACAGUUCAUCAAUGAGGCAGCGCCACAUGUCGAGUUUGCGCUCGAACACUGUUUGCUGGAGUUGUGCGAGAUCCUGACGGAGCUGGGUGUGUUCCAGGAUAACCGGUACGUGCUGAAGUUGCCAUCGGCGAAUGUGAGUGGUCGUAAUCUGCACGAGUAUCUGCGGCGGGAUGUGCUGGAGCAUGAUAUGCUGACGUUGACGCACAGCACCAAGGUGAAAGUGUUCCUGAACGCGAUGAUUUUCAAGAGCAACGAGUUCAAACUGUACCAACCGCAAUCGUCGUCGUCGUCCUCGUCCUCACCGAGUGCGGGCGGUCAGCAGCAGCACCACCAGCAGCGUGCCCAUGCGGAUGAGCUGGCCGCGAUCGCUACGGAUACGCUCGUCAAUAGCUACAAGAUGCGGUGGAGCUGGGUGGAGCAGCAGGAGCGACUGUUCAAGUCGGUCGAAACGAUCGAUCUGAAGCUGCUGCAAGCGCUGACGCCGGAUUACGCCGACAUUCGGGGUAUGCGGUUGGGUGUGCUGCACGAUGGUACACCCGCGACCGAGUACGAAAUCAUCGAUCACACGGUGCGGAACAAUCUGAAGCAGAUGACCAACUAUCUGUCGGAUGAGCUGCAGCCGAUUUCGUUCGAGAAGCAGCAGUUCUUCCAGUACGUGCUGGUGCGCAGUUCGAAUUCGUUGUUCAUCGAUGCGCACUACAGUCUCACGACGGCCCAGGAACGCCAGGCGAUGAUUCUGUUUAUGGCGC